AUGAUAAGAGGAGCAAGGAGGAUACUCAAAACACAAACCAAGGAGGACAUGGAAGAGGUUGAGAGGGUGAGGGAAGAAAGGAGAACCAAAAGAAGGAAUGAUCCUUCAGCAGUGAGAGCGAAGCAAGGAGAGUUUGAAAUUGGAGUGAACAUCCCACAUGAGGAGAAUGAUGACUCCCAAGUGAAGAAGAGGGUGAAGAGAUCAAUCAAGAGAUUGAGGAGAGUGAGCAUGAGGGCAAUGAGAAUGUGCCCAUGGAAGAGGAGGAGUCAAGGAAGAAGAGGAUGA